AUGGUCACCACACGGAACGGGAAGCGCACAGCCGCUGAGGCGCCGGUGAUCGAGACCCCCAAGAAGCAGAAGUUGCCCGUCAGGUCAAAAGACGGCAAGACUACGCCCAAGAAAUCCUCCGGCAAGAAGGAUGAGAGCAGCCAGCCGUCGUCAAAAAGGAAAUCGUCGCUUGUCGUCGAGCUGAGGUCGGAGGCGAACCCGGAUGACGCCCAGGAGGUUCACGAGCAGCAGAUUAUCACAGGCGCCGAGCAGCCGGCCCCGGAACCGGAAGCAGGGGAGGAAAGGGUCAUCAACGAUUCGAAGGCGUCCGUGAACGAUGGCCAGGCGGCGGAGAAGACGACGGCGCUGGUCGCCGAGGGGGAUGACGGCUCAGACUCGGACGAGGCGCCCGAGGCUGUUUCCACGUCCAAGGCUGCGAUACAGGCCAAGAAGUCUGCACAGGCAGCCAACAAGGCCAUCGCAGAACAACAAGCCGCCCAAAAGCGCAAGCGCCAAGAGCGUAACGCCCGCCUUCAGGAGCAGGCCGCAGCGCGCAAGGCUCAGGAGGACGCGGCCCAGGCGGAGGAGUCCAACGAAGAGGAGGCUGACUCAGCCCCGGCACCGGAGACGACCGGACGCCGGAGACUCAACAAGCUUGACCUCCCCUCCGAGCUCCCGGCCGAGUACCUCGACUCCGACUCGGAGGACGAGGGCGGCGACGGCGAGACGGGCCGGAAGCCCCGCAAGGCGCUCAAGCUGCACACGGCGGAGGCGCAGUUGGCGCGCGAGAGUCGCGGCCCCAAGGACGAGGUCGUCGGGUCGACGCUGUUCCGCGUUGUCAAGAAGGAGGACGUGAGGCUGGCGCCCAAGGCGCAGAAGUCAUCGGUCAACGCCAAAAAGGCGCUGCUGGCGCGCGGCAGGGCGCCCGUGAAGGCGCGUAGGGGAUUCUUGGUCUGA